CGCUGCCAUCGGCGGAAGUGUCGCUACCCCAGUUCCGGCGAACGGGUCGCGCCGCCGGGACGGCACCGGGCAUGGCGCUGUGGCUGCCGCGCUCCCGGGACGGCGGCGUCCCGGAGGAGGAGGAGGACGAGGAGCGGACACAGGCUGCCGCCUUCCGCCAGCGCUUGCCGGAGGUGCAGACAUACAGCCAAGGGAUUGAAUUAGCCUGCCAAAAAGAAAGAGAGUUUGUGAAGCACUCUGUAGAAUGCACAUGGAAUCUAGCAGAAGCCCAGCAAAAAUUUGGUAGUUUAGCACUGCAUAAUUCAGAAUCCUGUGAUCAGGAAUCUGCUCAAGCAAGGACUGAAGCUGCCGAGUUGAGAUGGAGAGAGGAAGAGUGGAGAAGAAAAGAAGAAGCGCUAAACCAGAGGGAACGACAGAAUCUAUGGAACACAGAUCCUGUUAGUAAAGAAGUUUUUAAUAAGAGUUUUAUUAAUCAAAAAAGAAAAGAAAUUGAAGAUGAGGCUGUGUCUGAACCACUAAUGCAAAAACAUGAACAAAAGAUUAGACACUUCGGCAUGCUGAGCAGAUGGGAUGAUAGUCAAAGGUUUUUGUCUGAUCACCCGUACCUUGUAUGUGAAGAAACAUCUAGGUAUCUCAUGUUGUGGUGUUUUCAUCUAGAAGCUGAACAGAAAAGAGCUCUGAUGGAGCAAGUAGCACACCAAGCAGUUGUAAUGCAGUUUAUUAUAGAAAUUGCCAGAAGCUGCAAUGUGGAUCCAAGAGGAUGUUUUCGUCUCUUUUUCCAAAAAGCCAAAACAGGAGAAGGCUACUUUGAGGCCUUUAAAAGCGAACUUGAGGCAUUCAAGGCAAGAGUGAGAAUCUGGUCACAAUCACAUGGCUUUCAAACCAUGUUACUACAUGAUCUCAAUGUCAGUCCUGGCUGUGUGGGGGAAUGGACAUCUUUUUUACAGAACACAGGAGAUCUGCAAGGUUCCAUAAACACAGAUGUCUGCAGUUUCAACUCGGUGAUACAAAGAGAUGAAGAAGAAUCCAAAAUGAUGGACACAUUAUAGUACUUUUAAGACUGAGGCCAAGUACUCUUUUAAUUUCCUUUUUUUUUUUUUUUUCCCAAAGAAACAAACAUGGCUAUUUUCUUGACACUUAUUUUUCUGGGUACUGCACUUUAUUUUUCGUGUCAGAUUUUUGUUGUUUUUAUUUGAUUUGGGGGGGAGGGACUUUGAAGGGUGGGUAAUUAAGAAAAAACUUGUAAUAUUGUUUGAAAUGUGCUGCUAGGUUUUUAGUUGUCCUUGAAGAGCAGGGUUCUUAUAUUGCCGAAUGUGAAACUGGAUGUGUUUUCUGCUACUAACCUUGCCUUUCAUGAUUUUAGAAAUUAAACAUCUGCACAAAUACAAUGUUUACAAGAAGCAGCAGAUUCUUGGUAGAAUCUGCUAUUGUCUUACUACAGGUGUGGAUAUGUUUUACUCUGAAUAUUGGAGAUUGCAACUGUAUUCAUGCUACCUUGCUGACAGUAUAAGCUCUCAAAUUUGGUUAUCACUAAUAGCAAUAAAUCAGUAUCUGGUAUCAGUA